AAGCAAUUUGGCGAUAAGUGUGCGCGAAGCUGGAGGCAAAAAUAAAGCGACUAUAAAAUCAUUGAACGCUUAGUUAGAGCAUUACAGUCAUUCAACAGAGAUCAGACCAAACACGCGAAUAACGCAAAAGCGCUUGAAAGUAGAAAAGUGAAGCAGUGAAGAAUACAUCUUACGCCUAUUUCUUUUAUAAAGCCAUCAAAAGUACCACUUAGUGCGAAAUUUAAUUUUAAACUGAAAUUCUAUUAAAACAAUAUACAAGAAGUACCUUUGUGAACACAGUGAAGGAAAAAUGCAAAAUUUCAGCAAUAAACAACUCAUCACUUUUACUAUCGCCUUACUCCUGCUGCUAACACAAAUGGCCCAAGCGCAGCGCCCCUCCUUCGCCGGCAUUCGUCAACCUGGCCUCAAUCAAAAGGAUAAAUACAAUAUGAAUAAUAAUGUAAAUAACGGCAGCAACACAGGUAUUGUCAAUCGCUUUGGCCAACCAGAUGAGCCACCAACAUUGGCCUUUGGCGCUACACAGAAACCACCCGCAAACUACAUACCAGUCGUCUUCCCCGAGUCCAACUAUUUGCCAUUGGCAUCUUCGACCGCAAAACCCGUGUCUGAUAUGAUUGCAAAUCGUUUUGGCAGCGGCGAUAAUGUAAAUACAAAUGCUAAUGCUGUUGUCAGCAAUGACGUAGGCGGCGCGCCUCCCCGCUUGCCCAUCGAUGCGAAAAAUGAUAAAGAGUUAGUGGCCAUAAUCAACCGUUUGCCGGAGGAUCAACGACCUUUCUGGUAUAUCAACGCAGCUGCGAUCGAGGCGCAGAGAAAUUCAUCAUUCGUGAAUUUCGCUGGAGCGGUGGACUCGCGAAGAAGUUUCUUUGGUUAAAGGAAAAUCUCCACACGCAGGCACACACGUACUUAAUAUCCCAUCAAUGCGCAAUUCUUUUCGAAUGUUUAAGCUUUUAGUAUUUAUUAUAUUACAUAUACUUUUUAAAAUUUUAUUAUUCUUAAAAAAAUAUGUGAAACUCGCUUAUUUGUAUUACUAUUACCAUAUCUGGCUUGAUAAAUUUAUCGACCUACCAAAGCAAUUGUUCCUGAAGAAGCCACCCAAGAACUGUAUUUUUUAUUUUUUCAAAAUAUACACAAUAAAAAGUUAUUAAUAAUCAAACAAUCCACAAAGUGGAUUCAAUAAAAUAACAAGCAAUUACUAAAA